GGCCGCCCCGGUUCCGGCGCGGUGGAGGCCAGGGUGGUGAGCAAUCUUCGGCACCAUGUCUGGUUUGUCUGGCCUGUCUGGCCCACAAGCCCAGCGUAGGCCUUGUCCGAUAGCGUUGCUGCUGUUUCUCCUGUUUGUCCCCAGAUCGGUUUUCGCCAUUUCCUUCCACCUGCCUGUGAACUCUCGCAAGUGCCUCCGCGAGGAGAUCCAUAAGGACCUACUGGUGACCGGCGCCUACGAAAUCAACGACCAAUCUGGGGGCGUUGGCGGCCUGCGCACCCACCUCAAGAUCACAGAUUCUGCUGGCCAUAUCCUAUACUCCAAGGAGGAUGCAACCAAGGGGAAAUUUGCCUUUACCACUGAAGAUUAUGACAUGUUCGAAGUGUGUUUUGAGAGCAAGGGAACUGGGCGUUUACCUGACCAACUGGUGAUCCUAGACAUGAAGCAUGGCGUGGAGGCGAAAAAUUAUGAAGAGAUUGCAAAAGUUGAGAAGCUCAAACCUUUAGAGGUGGAGCUGCGACGCCUAGAAGACCUCUCAGAGUCUAUCGUUAAUGAUUUUGCCUACAUGAAGAAGCGAGAGGAGGAGAUGCGUGACACCAAUGAGUCAACAAACACUCGGGUUCUGUACUUCAGCAUCUUUUCGAUGUUCUGCCUCAUUGGACUAGCCACUUGGCAGGUCUUCUACCUUCGUCGAUUCUUCAAGGCCAAGAAGUUGAUUGAGUAAGAAGGCCUGCUCUCCUCCCACGUUGCCUCUCAGCCAGCAGAACAUCCCUGGAGCACGCCUGGCCGAAGGCAUGCUACCAGCAGCACCACCAAGGCACACUGGAACUGUCUUGCCAGAACUGAUCUUGCUUGGUGUGGGAGGACAUGGGUUACCCCAACACCCAACAAGUCAUUGAGAGACUUCUUUUUAACUUGAUAGCGUUUGGACUGGUUUUGCAAUAAUAGGACUGUUAUUAGAGUCACCUAUGACAAAAAGUAGGGGUUACCUAGAUAAUGCCAAAGCCAGCAUUCGAACUGGGUUUCCUCAUGUGAUCUGGUUGAACCAUGUUUUAUUUUUUUCUCCCACUUGCUCACUAGCUUGGGCUUCCACCCUGAUUCCUUUACCAAGAUUCGAAUGACCAUGUGGAACUUGUUUCAUUAUAAUUGUCCUUUUUCAGAUCUGUGUGCCCUUAGCUGAAAUGUUUAGGUAGCUUCUGGUGAUAGAUAUUCUUUCAUAAUUCUGUGUCUCAAAAGGGUGAUUUCUAUGUGACACAUAGAAAUGAGCUUUGAAGUAUAGAUUACUCUUAAAGAAAAUUUUAUUUUAGAGAAUUAAAAUAGUUGUGCACAACUGCUUGAAUUUUUUCGUGUAUUUAGUUCUCCACAGUUCUGUUACAUGUGUAGAUUCAUGUGACCACCACUGCAAAAUGCAGCCCAGCUCCAUCACAUGGAUCCCUCGUGCUACCCUUUUACAGCCACCGUCACUGCCCUUCCUUAUCCCCAAACCCCCACCCCCGGCAACCACUGAUCUGUUUCCCAUCUCUCUAAUUUUGUCAUUGCUAGAACAUCACAUAAAGGGUAUCAUACAGUAUGUGACCUUUUGAUUAACUUUUUCACUCAGCAUAAUUCCCUUGAAGUACAUCCAGGUCGUGGCAUGUAUCGAUAAUCAAUAGUUUUUUCUCUGUUAUUGCUCAGUGGUAUUUCAUGGUAAGGGUGUACCACUUCAGUUGAUCAUUCACCCAUUGAAGAACAUUGGGGUCGUUUUCCAGUUUGGGCCAUUAGGAGUAAACCUUCUGUGAAUAUUCAUGUGCAGGUUUUUAUGUGAAUGUAAAUCUCCAUUUCUCUGGGAUGAAUGCUGAAGAGGGCAGUUGCCAGGCUGUGUGGUCAGCACGGUUAGUUUUUUAAGAAACCACCCUACUCUUUCCAGAGUGAGUGUGCCAUUUUCUGUCCCCACCAGCAAUGUAUGACCCAUCAGGUGUCUCUGUCCUCUUUAGUAUUUGCUGUUACUACUUUUUAUUUUAGUCACUCUGAUAGAUGUGUGUAAUGAGACCUCAUUAUAAUUUUUAUUUGCCUUUUCCUGAUGGCUGACGGUGUUGAACAUCUUUUCAUGAGCCUGUUUGCCAUCUGUGCAUCUUCUUCCAUGAAAUGUCUGUUCAUGUCCUUUGCUCAUUUUCUGAUUAUUCUUUAUACUGACGAAUUUUGAGAGCUCUGUGUGUAUCCUCGAUACAAGUCCUUUGUCAGAUAUGUGGUUGCUUGAAUUUUUAACAACAUCUACCAAGGGGAAAAAUCAGUACAAUUAGCCAGGUCUUCUUACAUGGCCCGUCACUGAUUUAAUUCUUAUCCUUCUGUGUCCCCCUGAGACACAUGAGGUAUAAAAAACAUACACAUAAAAUCGGGAGGGUCAUCAUGACUAAAUACUUGGGAAUACAUGUUAUAAAGACAAAGGCAAGAAUCGCUCUAAGAAUAAAAACGUAGAUAAAAAUGACCAUGUUUGGAAACAGUUAUAAAAAAUACUACCACUUGAAAUUUCCCCCACUUCUCCCAGAAAAGGAGGUAGGAAUUUGUCCUUUCGUAAUCUCUGUUUUAACAACCCUCCUGACUGUCACGGGGCUUGUGUAAUUGUGGUGGCAAGAAUUACAGGACUUAAGGCCACACAGCUUGCAGUUAAGUGGCACACUGGAAUUAACAAGGGAGGUGACUUGGAUGAAGUACAAAGGCAGAAGAGGGAGUGAGUUAUGUCAUCAAAAUCUCAGGCUGUUCUUUAAUGUUCCGGCUAUUGUGAACCCCAAAGCCUUUUUCCCUCUUUUGACUCCCUGUAUGAAUUUCUCUGGUGUGGCAUGAAAGCGGUUCAUUAAUCUGUGCAACACUGCCACCUGCUGUUAAGAGUUGAUACGUGCUGCUGAGAAUCCUUGCCAUAAAGGCAGCGGGUGUUGGGAAGGUCUGUGUUGUUGCGUAUACUGAACCACAGGAUACACCAAAGUAGGAAAGAGAAUGACCAAAUUUGUGGGUUAAAAUCAAUCCUUAGACGUUUAAAGAUGAAAUUUUGUACCAUUAUCCCAAUAAGAUACAUAUUUCUGACUGGUGCCUUUCUCCCUUUUCGAAGCAAUGAAAACUGCUCAGUUGGUUAUGAUACUGUGUUCUGACAAAAUGUCAAUGAAGGAAAUAGAAGAGGAGAAUAUUUUAUUUUGCUGAUGAUUUUGUUCCCAAAUGUGACUUUAUGAAACUAAAAUUCUUUCAUGUCCUUUCUUUCUAUUCAUGCCAAAACUACCAACUCAGACAUUUGUGCUUUUGGUUUAAAGUUCAUUGGUAUUACACCUUGAUGUUAUCUAAAGAGUAAAUUUAUUUGCCUUUGAUGAAAGGCUAGUGCAAGAGCAAAUCAGCUUUAAAAGUGAGAGUGUUGCCUGGUUUCGUCUUGUUUCCGAGCCUAUUCAACACGAUCUAUAUGAUGCAUAUGAGAGUGAUGCAGUGUAAGAAAGCCGUGUUACACCAUUGUCAUAAACUCGUCACAAGCCAUUUUUCUGCUGUUUAAUGAAAAGAGGCAUGUGAGAUUUAUACAGAUUCACUUGUGCUGAUGGGGAUUUUUGUGAAAAUUUUUCUCAAAUAAAGGCUAGCAGAAACCA